AUGAGCAAUGCGUGGAUCGUAGCUUGUAGGCCAUUCUCUGGGCUACGCUCGUCCUCGCUCGCCCUCCCAACCUGGUCAAUUGCCUCCGCCGUUGCCGCGGCUCGUCCUGUAUCACCGAGAACACUUUCUUCACACAUUUCGCGCCUCGGCACAGCACAACUCAAAUGCUACAGCUUACGCCCGCCACUCCUUCGCCUGCUUGACCAUCGCCAGUUUACCACGUCCACAACUGCCUUCGCCCGUAGGUCAUCUGUGUCGAAGAAAUCCGCGUCUACACCCCCGUCGGAAGCCCGCAAAGAGACAUCCCAAGAUGCUGAGGGAAAGGAGGACACGCCGCUCCCUGGAGGAGAUUUGCCUCAAGACAAGAUAACCAAGAUAUUUGGGCCUGGAACCUCGGUGGAGAAGGGCAACAAAUUCCUUCGUGCUCUGCAACACCGUCGCGUUACUGGUAGUCUGGCUGAAAAAGGUGUCAAUUUCGAGGGACCAACUGCUUUCCCCAAAGAACGCGCCCUGAAUGCACUCGAGUAUCUACGCAGCACACAUCCCGUCGACGAAGAAGCGGCGGCAGCAGAAUGGGCUCAGAAGGAGGCUCAGCGCCUGGAAGGCGAGCUGAUUCAACGAGCCCAGGAUCUGAAACUAUACAAGAAAGCGGAACCGGAGCAAACGCUUGGUAGUGUCUAUGGGCACAGCGAACUGGAAGCCCUGAGAAGAAGGAAUGAGGAAGCUUACGAACGGCAAAAGGAAGAGGAAGAGCGACGCAAAGAAGCUCAAGAAAAGAAAGCAAAUUCCGGGAAGAGCGGUACUUUAGGUCCGGUCAAGGCCAAGACAGGGCUACGCAAGAAGGAAAAGUCUGAAUGGGUUAAGUACUAUGAAGAGCAGGCCAUGAUUCGGAAAGAAAAGCAAGCUCCUAAGAUGAGCGCUGCCGCACGCAUCCUCCCUUCGGCUCUCGUCGCCGCCCUCGUCCUCGCCGGCGCCUACAUCCUUACGGAGAAGUACACGCCCCUAGCCGCCUCCGCACGCCUCUGGCCCGACACGCCUCCAGCCCUCGCCACCUGCUUCGCGCUGCUCAACAUCAAUCUCUUCAUCUUCCUCGCGUGGCGCUACCCGCCGUUCUGGCGGACGAUGAACAAGUACCUGCUGCAGACGCCGGGCUACCCGACAGCAGCAUCAGUGCUGGGCAACGUCUUCUCGCACCAGGACCCGAAGCACCUGUUCAUGAACAUGCUGAUCCUCAUGGGCGCCGGCCCGCAGCUGCACGAGCUGAUCGGCCGCGCCAACUUCCUCGCCGUCUACCUGGCCGGCGGCGUGCUCGGCUCCCUCGCCUCGCUCGUCGUCAGCGUCGCCGCCCGCAACUUCGCCGUCUCCACCCUCGGCGCGUCCGGCGCCCUCGCCGCCACCAUCGGCGCCCUCCUGCUGCUCAAGGACUCCGACUCCUUCACCCUGCCCUUCUUCCCCGACUACAAGAUCCCCGUCUCGUCGAACGCCCUGCUCGGCGCUUGUCUCGCUUACGAGAUCUGGGGCCUCACCCGCCGCGGCCAGACGGGCAUGGACCACGUUGCCCACUUGGGCGGCUACGCCACUGGUAUUGCUGCGGCUGGCGCGUUGAAGUGGCAAGUUGGUGAGAGGAGGAGGCGGGAACAGGAGAAGAAGAAGGAAAUGGGUUUCCUACAGAAGACGUUUGUCGUCAGGAAGGAUGAGUGA